AUGGGUGACGUUAUCAAGGAGGUGCCGCUCAAGGCGGUUCGCGUUGAGGCCCUUGUGGUUAUGAAAAUCGUCAAGCAUGGCUCCCAGACCUUCCCCACAACCGCGACCGGCUCUAUCGUCGGCAUGGACUCGGAUGGCCUCCUCGAGAUCACCAACACCUUCCAGUUCCCCACGGUCGAUGUCGCAAACACCGACAGCCACCAGAACAGUAACAACAGCAGCAACGAUGCCUCGGCUAUCGCCUCUGCCGCCCCCCGCCAGAAGGCCAACAUCGUCUACCAGAACGAGAUGAUCAAACACCUGAAGGAGGUCAACGUCGACGCUAACAACGUCGGCUGGUACACGAGCGCCGCCAUGGGCAACUUUGUCAACCUCAGCUUCAUCGAGAACCAGUACCACUACCAGAAGGACAACGAGCGGACAGUCGCCCUCGUCCACGACGUCAGCCGCAGCUCCCAGGGCUCCCUCAGCCUGCGUGCCUUCAAGCUCACCCCGACCUUCAUGGCCGCCUACAAGGAGGGCAAGUUCACGACCGAGAGUCUGAAAGCCUCCAAGCUCACCUUCAAGGACAUCCUUGCCGAGCUCCCCGUCGAGAUUCACAACACGCACCUCUUGACCUCGUUCCUUCACCAGCUCCCCGGUCUCCCCCAGCAGGACAAGAUUGAGCCGCCCAACUCCCUGUCGGAUCUGCGCGAAGACCCCAUCAAGCAGCAGCUGCACCCGUCGGUCGAGAAUCUCGACCUCUCGAUAGACCCCUUCCUCGAGAAGACGUGCGACCUCCUGCUCGAGAGCAUCGAGUCGCACUACACGGACCUCAACAACUACCAGUUCUACCAGCGCCAGCUCGGUCGUGAGCAGGCCAAGAUCACGCAGUGGCAGACCAAGCGCAAGGCGGAGAACGCGGCGCGCGCGGCGGCCAAGCAGGCGCCGCUGCCCGAGGACGAGUGGCAGAGGCUUUUCAAGCUGCCCCAGGAGCCCAGCAGGCUCGAGGGCAUGCUGAACGCGAAGCAGGUGGAGCAGUACAGCAAGCAGGUGGACGGAUUCACGGCCAACAUCAGCGCCAAGAUGUUCGCCGCCAGGGAGAACCUGCUGCCCAAGCGUGCCUAG